CGUCAGCGGUGGUGUUGGGGGGAGCAAGGCAAUCCGUGCGUCGAAAACGUCAGUGAAGCAGCAUGGCGGAGAUGUGGUUGGAGUGUCUGUGCUCUGAGUGUGUGGGGAAAAAACACUCUCAGCCGAUUUAACAAGAAAGAUCAGUGUCUAUUGCAUUUUUUUUGUCAAAUAAGUGUUUAUCUAAGAUGGAGAGCCACAGUGGUGGCAGCGUCCCUGCAUCGAAAUACAGCUCAGUGAAAUAUUACAUCCCACCCGAGACUUACGUUACACCAAGUCAAGAUGGCGAGCACUCUGGUACCGAGCAAGCUGGUGGUACCGAGACUAGACCGAGAACUGGAGUGUCUUCUACGCAAUAUAUUCCAAAGGCGGGGGACCACUUGAACUUUCAAAUACCGAGAAAGAACAAAGAAAAGAGAGCCUUGUUCCAGUAUGUGUCGUCAGAGUCCCGGGAGUUUGAAGACAUCUUGACCAUCCUGUCAUCCAACUACAGAGAAGCCAGCUCCAACGGGAUGUUCAUGUACACCAAGCCAAGACUGGUCCACAGUGAGCUGCUGGAGAAGGACUUUGUAGAGAAAAGGAGAGAGCUGAAGCAGGAUGGGAGGACGGAGAAGGAACUGGAGGAGACUCAUUGUUUCCUGAUGGCUGACACCACCAAGCUGCCAUGGAUCUGUGAGAAGGGCCUGCUUGUGGGGCACAGCUGGAUCACAGCUCUGGGGAACCCCUCCAAGGGUGUUUAUCUGUCUAAAAACUCAGACCUACUGCAGAUCAAUCCUUUUAACCCUGGAGUCAUGGGAGAGAUCAUCAUAUUCAAGGUCAUCAAGGGUAAAGUGAAGAGCAUCUAUGAGAACAUGUCAAAGAACCUUCUGGACCCCACGCCCAAGUUUGACAGCCAUUUCUCCAAGAAUGCCAGCAAAGUGACAUCUCUCACCUCCUAUAGAGCAUACGAGCUUACUCAGCAAUACUUCUAUGAGUAUGACUUUGAUGAGCUGAAGUCUCGGCCGAGACACGUGUGUCCCUAUGCAGUGGUCUCUUUCCAGUUCAAAGGCAAAGAUGCUCCUCUUCAAGCCAAGCCCAUAGCUCCCCUGAGGUCAAACAGCCAAACGUCUGAAGGAAGUACAGGCAGGAGUAAAUACACAGUGUGGAGUGGAGAGCUGGUGAAUGAGGGUAGAGCAGUGUCCCAGGUCUCUUUCUGCUCCUUCUCACCCCCCUUCCUGCCUUUCAAACUGCCUGAGAAGCUGGAGUUGGGUCUGGUGAUGUGUAUAGACCAGGUGAAUCAGAUUAUCCCCUCAGCUUUGUUCUCCUGGAACCUGUACGCAGGCAGCCACGAAGUGUUGAAGAAUGGAACCUACUGCAGUCUGCUGGAGGUAGUGGACAAGAGCAAGUCAGGUGACUGUCUGGCAGCACUGCUACAAGGCCUGGAGACACAGAGGCUGGUGCUUGUCCACGCGUUGGCUGACAAAGGAUUCCUCUUCCUCCUGUCUUCAGUUCAGAUGGCUGCUCCAACUGAAAGAAGAGAUGGGUGGAAAAGAGGCCUUCAAGCACUCUUUGUUUUUCAAGAGUCGAGGGAUGUGACAAAAUACAGUACAAAUUGUCCAGCUACCCAGGAGCCUUUGCAGUCGUCAUUUUCCCAUGACACUGUGAUGCCCCAGCUUAAAAGCUUUGUCCCGGCUCUGCAUCAUGCCCUGGUCAAGGUGCGCUGCAACCCGCCUGCUGACCUCUCGGCCGGGGUCGAGCACCAGGCCAGGGACUACCUAAGUGGACUUCACGAUGGAAAGCUCCGCCACGUUCCCAUGACUGAGUACGACACCAAGCUGGAUGACCGAGGGAAGCUGUUCCCGGCUCCAAAACACCACAAGCUCAACAUGGAGGGCUACCUGCGCUCCUACGUCUACAGCCCUAACCUCUACACCAUGCCCGUGGUCCGGGCCAAGGAGAUGAUGGAGAGUUACUGUGUCGUGCCAGAUGACAUCAGCCCUGUGACUGAUUGUGAGGGUGGUAGUAGGGCCAGCGGGGACAAGCCAGUGGUAGGGUCAAAGAUCAAGCCUAAUGGUCCCACUGCUGCCCAGCCUCCGGCGGUCCAGGUUAACCUCUCUCCGUUUCAGUCUCGCACUGACUCCAACCCUCAGAAGGUGAAGGAGCUGAUCAACUUGAUACUGAAGUGUCGGAAGAAUGCAGAGGGGGAUGUGAGGAAGAGGGGAGAGGCGCAGGGAGGAGCGAAGGAGGGGGCAGGCCUGUUGGACCCCCGAGGGCUGAAGAGGAAGCUGGAGAGGGAGACUGCAGAGAGGACUCUGAAGUACCUGAAAAGGGCCUCACAGGAGAGGGGCGGAGAGGACAGCAGACCAGCUGAAGGGGGCCAGAACCCGUCCUGUCUGUCCUCUCUGAUGCUCCACAGUGUGGGUCUGAAAGACGUGGACCUGAGGAGAGAUGGAUCAGAGGCUGCAGUCAAGUUACUGAAAAUGUUAACCAGCCUGAAGAAUGCUGCAGGGCAACAGCCACAGAGUUCUGAGGGCAGAGGAGGAGGGUCAAGAGAGGGGGCGGAGCAAACUGAAGCUCUGCUGUUUGAUAGGAUGAUCAAGCUGGGUCUGCCGCCCAAUCAGGACAUUGACCUGAGGAAACGACCUUCUGGGGGCCUACAGGACAAGGCUGACUACUUGGAGGAGCAGGCAGCAGGCAGUAUGAGCAGUCUGGAAGGCUUCAGCCCCAGUUCCAAUGGUGAAACGCCCAGGAGAUCACACUCGCAAUGUCAGGGGGAGGAGCAGAUUCCAUGGGUCCUCAUCCCCAUUACAGGGCUGAAGUGGAAGAAGUACUGCCAGAGAGAGAAGGACAACCCUCAGGACCCGCGCUUCGUACCCCAGAUCCCCAUGGCAACCAGCAGCUACCCCCGCUGUGUUCCGGAGCGAAGGGAAAUAAAUGUCACCCCUACCCUAGAGGAGCCCCCAGAGCCUAGCCCCAGUCCUCCCCUAGAGGAGCACCCAGAGCCUAGCCCCAGUCCUCCCCUAGAGGAGCCCAGUCCCUGUCCCAGUCCCUACCCCAGUCCCUACCCCAGUCCCUGCUCCAGUCCCUACCCCAGUCCCAUAGAGGAUGAUGAGCAAUUAGCUGAAACCCCCUGUGACCCCACAGAAAUAACCAACAAUGAAAAGACAACCACAUACGAGACAAACCAGAGCCUCCUUCUGGUCCCUGUUACUCCAGAGAGCACCAGCCUCCCAGAGAAAAGCAGCAGCCCCUCCCCUGAGCCAGGGCCAGCUGAAGAACCAACCCAUACUAGCCCCAUAGAGGCUGGUCAGGAACAAGCUGAAGAACCAACCCAUACUAGCCCCAUAGAGGCUGGUCAGGAACAAGCUGAGGGACCAACCCAUACUAGCCCCAUAGAGGCUGGUCAGGAACAAGCUGAAGAACCAACCCAUACUAGCCCCAUAGAGGCUGGUCAGGAACAAGCUGAAGAACCAACCCAUACUAGCCCCAUAGAGGCUGAUCAGGAACAAGCUGAAGACCCAAACACAAUAGAGGUUGAACAGGAGGAGGAGGUUAAAGAGGUAGAGGAACAGGUGAUGGAGGAAGUGAAAGGGGAGGAAGAUGUGAUAGAAGUGGUAGAUGAGGAAGUGGAGGAGGGAGAUAAGGAGGAGGAAGACCUGAUGGAAGUGCUAGAUGGGGUGGAAGAGCAGCUGGAGGAAGGGGAGUUAGUGGAGGAAGAGAACGAACAUGUGCAGACAGAGUUGAAACAGACAGGGCAGGUGUCACCCAGACCACCCUCCUCCAUUCCUCCCAUCCAGAAUCCUCCUCCCAUUCAAAAUCCUCCUGUCCAGAGACCCGUUCUGACCAGAGUGGAAAGUAUCCUGGACCAGCAGUUCAGUGACUUCUCCACAGAGAUGCAGAUCCUCCUGCUCAGAGAGAGCGUCCACUACAGCUCAUCGCUCCUCCAUACCCAGAAUGCUUCACAGCAGCUCCCGGUGCAUCCGCUCCUGCACUUCUCGGAGUACGUCUCCUUCUACAACUCGUCCCCUCCCAUGCAGGCCUACGUCACCUCGCUCCGAGACCGCAUGGGCACCAUCAUAAACGUACAGGACCAAUGGAUUCCCGGCACGUUAGCCACCCAACCUGCCCUGGUCUCAUCUAUCACUAACCGCCACCAUGCUAACCACUCUCCUCCAACCACUACAUACUGGAACCAUUCUUUCUGUGGCCCUGUGUCUCAGUCUGUCCCCAGCCACCGCCUCUCUCCUGCCCCUACUCCUGGCCUUGCUGUGUCACAGUCUGUCCCCAGCCAGCGCCUCUCUCCUGCCCCUACUCCUGGCCUUGCUGUGUCACAGUCUGUCCCCAGCCAGCACCUCUCUCCUGCCCCUGCUCCUGGCCUUGCUGUGUCUCAGUCUGUCCCCAGCCACCGCAUCUCUCCUGGUCCUGCUCCUGGCCUUGCUGUGUCACAGUCUGUCCCCAGCCACCGCAUCUCUCCUGCCCCUGCUCCUGGCCUUGCUGUGUCUCAGUCUGUCCUCAGCCACCGCAUCUCUCCUGGCCUUGCUGUGUCACAGUCUGUCCUUAGCCACCGCAUCUCUCCUGGCCCUGCUCUGUCUCAGUCUGUCCCCAGCCACCGCAUCUCUCCUGCCCCUGCUCCUGGCCUUGCUGUGUCACAGUCUGUCCCCAGCCACCGCAUCUCUCCUGCCCCUGCUCCUGGCCUUGCUGUGUCACAGUCUGUCCCCAGCCACCGCAUCUCUCCUGCCCCUGCUCCUGGCCUUGCUGUGUCUCAGUCUGUCCCCAGCCACCGCAUCUCUCCUGCCCCUGCUCCUGGCCUUGCUGUGUCUCAGUCUGUCCUCAGCCACCGCAUCUCUCCUGGUCCUGGUCUUAGCCUUGCUGUGUCUCAGUCUGUCCCAAGUCGUCACUCUCCUGGCCUGUUUGGUCCUGAUAGCUCAAACUCUUACAGUUCUCUUCCCGUGUCUCAUUUUAAUAAUAAUAAUAGCACAAUGAUUCCCUCUUCAUCGUUUCCCGGCGCGGCCUAUUCUCCUACUCUCUACCACAACCCACCACAGACACAGAUGGGACUACCGCAACUCAGCUCCAGUCUAGCCCCCCUGUCCCUCCAACCACUGGACAGUCAAUGGACAACUUCAACACAGAACCCUGACUCAGGCGGGAGACUGGGAACCUGCAAGCCAAGUGAUAUGUCAAAAGCAAAUAAUUGGACAACAACAACACAGAACACUGACUUGGAUGUCCGAGGGCUACGAGCAAAGUUCACGCCGCAAACAAGUGCAAUGUUUGAAGCAAAAGACGAUGUCGUAAUGUUGGAUCAGCCGGUUUCAGAAGCCAACGUGGCGGCUCCUCCUCGCACUCAGAUGAUUGACAGUUUGUCAGGGGUGGGCGGGCCAGUGGUAGAGCCUGUCCCAGGGCCAGGUCCCGCCUCCCCUUCAGCCAUCAGUAGUCUGAUCAGCCAGCUGAAGCCUGAGUUGUUCAGUAACCUGGUGGAGAUUAUAAAGGAUGUCCAGAAGAACUCUGUCCAGUUCUACAUCCACACACAGGAGAGGGAGGUCUCCCACCACAUCAAGGAGUACCUCCAGAGGUUGGGUAACGUAGAACGCAGUCCUGUGAGUUUCCUGGAGAGAGAGAACCGGAUGGACAAACUAAUGGUUCUCAUCCAGAACAAGGACAUUGCAGCGCACAUUCACAAGAUCCCGGCGCUGGUGCGGUUGAAGAGGCAGCCGUCGGUGAUCUUCGCUGGAGUAGACAGUCUGGACGAUGUGAAGAACCACACCUACAACGAGCUGUUUGUCUCUGGGGGAUUCGUCGUCUCAGACGAGUUUGUCCUCAACCCUGACUACAUCACUCACGAGCGUCUGCGGGUGAUUCUGAUGUUCCUGGACCAACAGAACUCAGCAGAGAGCGUGUGGAGGUGGAGGGUCCACUGGAAGACCCAGAAGAAACUCAAGGAACAGUCCAGGUUUAAAAGUGAAGCCAGGAAGAUCUUGAACCUGCUGACCACGUACCAGAAGAAAAACAUUGUGGAGUUCCUGCCAUACCAUGAGUGUGACGCUCCAUCUCGCCCCGCCCCCGACCUGGACUGUCUCCUCAAGCUGCAGGCACAGCACAUUCAGCAACGACACAUCAUCUUCCUCACAGAGAGCCACUUCGAGAUGUUCCCCCACUACUCCAGUACUGGCAUCGUCAUCGCCAACAUCAACGACAUCAUGCACAACUUCGGUGGCCUAGUUGGUUUCCAUGACAUCAGAGACAAGCGGUCUACCUCAGUAGACCUCAUAGCUGCAGCUACUACAGUCCGAGAGGAAAAGCAUGUGCUGGAGGAACCGAUCCUUCUGGACUCCCCCUCCUCCCCAGAUCGCCUGGUGGACCGCCUGUCCACUCCGCUAAACGAGGACGACUUCCGUCCAUCCCUCCCCGACCAGCUUGUUCCUGACGCGGGGACACCCAUGGAGCUCAACUUCCAGGCCCUGAAGGAGGCCAUCUCUCAGUUCAAGGCUGAUAAGGCUGCUCGCUCACAGAUGGCACCUCCAGAGGUGGAUGGGGAGAGACCAGAGUCCCCACCAGGACCAAGGAUUCCUGGCCUGGGUACAGACUCACCAGGGUGUCUAGGGGACUCUGGAGUUGGUUUCCUCACUCCUGGUUUCACCCCGUCCCCUGUCUCUCUCCUUGGUCCUGUCCCUCUCCGCUCCAGCCAGUCCCCUGCUGGGAUCCAGAAGGAAGUGGGACUGACCCCCACAUGGCAGGCUAAAGAAGCUACCCUCUCCUCACUCCACUCUAAGCUCGGUCUGAGUGUAACUGCUGGUGCCGAGCUGACCAGUGACAUGUCUUUGUGUGGCUCCCAGGGCAGACUGAACGCUUUCAGUAGCCACCGGGAUCCUUUAGCUGGCAUUGUCACUGAGGGUCAUGGGGAGUCGGAGGCCACACCCAGCAACACUAACGACCCCCCAGGCCCUGAGCCUCCAAGGUCCCAGGGGGAGAACACUAAACCCAGCCCAGUAGAAGGCAGCAUCCAAGGGGGAGGAGGAAUGACUGACCAAGCCCCUAGCAGCCCCCUCCCUGGUCCUCCAGGUCCCAGGGCAGUUGGUGGUGGGGAUUACAUAGCGGCAGCGACAGACAGACUGGCACAGGCAGCCAGACAGCAGCAGAGAAAUGGCUUGUUACCCAUGCCUAAUACACUGUUCCUUAACAGUAACCUCAAUCUGCACAACCAUGGCAUGAGCAUAUUCCAAAGGCCCAUGUUGAAUAGGCUGGAAGGACCUGCAGGACGGGGUGGUAUUAGACCAUUGAUGCCUAAUGCCAUUGGCUGGGCUAGGAUGGGCCAGGCAGGGGGGUCAGAGUCCUGUCUAUGGGGCCUUCAGCAGCAGAACAUGGGGCUGGGGCGCCACACCUUCCCUUCACGACUGAUGGGGAACCCUCAUCACCCCUGGGGUAGUAACCAGACUGCUAACCAGGGGCGUGGGAAUGGCCCUUGGAAGCGGUGACGAACGGCCGAGUGAACAAACAAGCGUUGUGUUCAGUAGGUAUCAACCUGAAAACACUGAGGAUUUACCGGGAUGUUCAGUUUUGUUUUCUGUUGUGCCCAGAUGGAUAGAGAGCAACUAGCACGACUACCUACUUGACCGAGUCAAAUCUCUUCUACACAUUACAUUUCUUACUGAAUCCUCCUGUCCCAAACAGGCCCCACUAGUGAAUCUUCAUUUAUGAUCCUAAAGAAGCGCUUUACUUGACAGGAAAUCACUUUUUUCCCCUUCCAGAUGGUAAAGCCAGCUGUGGCCUGGCUGGUGCUGCCUGCUGAUGAUACUACUCACUAACCUGUCAGAUCUUGUCAAACCAAACAAUUAUAUUUGUAUUUUCUAGGAAAACUUUUUGUUAUUACUUGUUUGUUUAGGGGCUGUAUUCAAUCAGAUCCCCUUUAGCCGACAUCUGCGUAGCGGUUGUUUCGGCGGUGAAACAGCAGAGCUGUCAAAUCCACGAGCAGCUCCUGGCAUUAUACCCAGUGGACAUUGCCAUUGUCUGAACGGUGUUCCAUUAAGAGAAAUCCCAUUAGAAGUUUGAACAGUGGAAUGUGAGAUGUAGUCUACACCUCCAUUAGGAGAUAGAAAGCCUCAGCAUUGUUCAAUUAGAGCGUGAUUAUUUCUAUAUAGCCUACACUUCCUCAUUCUGAACGUCUAAUGGGAGAGGGCCAGCCUCUACACUUCCUCAUUCUGAACGUCUAAUGGGAGAGGGACAGGUGUGGCUGAGUGACAAUUAUCACAAGAGCAGCUCCUCACCGAUUUGAUGCCUCAGUUUGACCUUCAACACCACUAAACCAUACACUAUGCUACGCUUGAUCUGAUUGAAUCUAGGCCUAAGUUAAUAUCCUUGUACCUUUUUUGGUUUUGUAAAGAAGUAUACUGUAGCCAUGUGGCCUUGUACAGAAAACCAGUGGUUUUUAUCUUAAUGUUAUUUUUUACAACUUUGUUUGUAUUAAAACAUGCUUGUCAAAAUUA